CCUGUGUCCCCCCAGUCCGCGGCCAUCCCUCUGUUCCUGAGAAACAAGGACGUGGCUGCCGAGGCGGUCACGGGCAGCGGGAAGACGCUCGCCUUUGUCAUCCCCGUCGUGGAGAUCCUUCUGAGGCGGGAGGAGGCGCUGAGAAAGAGCCAGGUUGGAGCCAUAAUCAUCACACCCACGCGAGAGCUGGCUGUUCAGAUAGAUGAGGUCCUGGCGCAUUUCACGAAGCCCUUCCCACAGUUCAGUCAGAUUCUCUGGAUCGGAGGAAGGAAUCCUGGAGAAGAUGUCGCCAGGUUUAAAGAACACGGUGGGAACAUCAUUGUGGCGACUCCAGGCCGCUUGGAGGACAUGUUCCGAAGGAAGGCUGAGGGCUUGGAUCUGGCCAGCUGUGUGAGGUCCCUUGAUGUCCUGGUGUUGGAUGAAGCAGACAGACUUCUGGACAUGGGGUUUGAGGCCAGCAUAAAUACCAUCCUGGAGUUUCUGCCAAAGCAGAGGAGAACAGGCCUAUUCUCGGCCACGCAGACGCAGGAGGUGGAGAACCUGGUGCGAGCGGGCCUCCGGAACCCUGUGCGGGUCUCGGUGAAGGAGAAGGGCGUGGCGGCCAGCAGCACCCAGAAAACCCCCUCGCGCCUGGAGAACCACUACAUGGUGUGUAAGGCAGAUGAGAAAUUUAAUCAGUUGGUACAUUUUCUGCGCAGCCAUAAGCAAGAAAAGCACCUGGUCUUCUUCAGCACCUGUGCCUGCGUGGAAUACUAUGGGAAGGCUCUGGAGGCGCUGGUGAGGGGUGUGGACAUCAUGUGCAUUCACGGGAAGAUGAAGUACAAGCGCAACAAGAUCUUCAUGGGCUUCCGCAAGCUGCCCAGCGGGGUUUUGGUGUGCACUGACGUGAUGGCCCGCGGUAUAGACAUCCCCGAAGUGAACUGGGUCCUGCAGUACGAUCCCCCCAGCAGCGCAAGUGCGUUUGUGCAUCGCUGUGGCCGCACGGCCCGCAUCGGCCAUGGCGGCAGUGCGCUGGUGUUCCUCCUUCCCAUGGAAGAGGCCUACGUCAAUUUCCUUGCAAUCAACCAGAAAUGCCCCCUGCAGGAGAUGCGACUCCAGAAGAACACAGUGGACCUCCUCCCAAAGCUCCGGACCAUGGCACUGGCCGACAGAGCUGUGUUCGAGAAGGGCAUGAGGGCGUUUGUGUCGUUUGUCCAGGCGUACGCGAAGCAUGAGUGCAGCCUCAUCUUCAGGCUGAAGGAUCUGGAUUUCGCUGCGCUUGCUCGAGGCUUUGCCCUGCUGAAGAUGCCUAAGAUGCCAGAGCUGCGAGGAAAGCAGUUUCCGGACUUUGUUCCCGUGGACAUUAACACAGACACCAUCCCAUUUAAAGACAAAAUCAGGGAAAAGCAGAGGCAGAAACGGCUGGAGCAGCAGAGAAAAGAGAAGACGGAAAACGAAGGGAGGAGGAAAUUCAUAAAAAAUAAACCGUGGUCGAAGCAGAAAGCCAAAAAGGAAAAGAAAAAGAUGAAUAAGAAACGGAGGAGGGAGGAGGGCUCUGAUACUGAAGAUGAGGACUUGGAGGAGCUUCUCAGUGACACACGGCUACUGAAGAAGUUUAAGAAAGGCAAAAUCACCGAAGAAGAACUCGAGAAGGGGUUGCUGACAAGUGCCAAAGGGUCGAUCAGGAUGGCAGAUUUGGGGACCUUGGACUUGGACGAGGACUGCUGAUUUCAGAACCUCAGGUGAGCCACAGGAGCACCCGCCCCACACGUGGCAGGUAGCUCACGUCGGCUCUCCCUGCGAUCAGGGCCUUGGCAGACAUGCUGUCAUUUCAGGCUGGGGAGACAGGCCGGGGCUCUCACACUCAUGACUAUUUGUCUAAAAACAUUCCAGCCCUGAACAGAAGAUGUAAGUUAUUUAGUGUAAAUAACAUGUCAAUAUUUAUUUUAAUAGGGAAGAGCUCACUUUUCUGGGCUUAUUUUAUACUUAUUUUUAAUAUGCUGAUACUGAAGUGGACUUGACUUCUAGCCUUUUAAAGUUCCCGUGUUUUCAGGCACCUGACUCCCCAGGCACCCUUGCCCCUGGGCUGCGUUAUCUCCAGUGCACAGGACACCGGUGCAGGAUGUCCUGUAGUCUAGGGUUUUCUUUCUUUCCUGAGAGUAGUCCUUAGUGCUGUUUUGUUGGGGAGUAUCUGAAAAACCGAGGAAGCUAGUCAUAUCCUGGGAAAGAAAGUGAUGCCCUCUGUUGAAUAAACUGUACUUCCUUCUAA